CCGCCAGCCCAGCCCGCCCGCCGCAGAGUGCCCGUGCCCGGCCCGCUCCCGGCCCCGCUCCCGCUGCGGCCCCGCCGCCCGCCCGGCCCAUGGCGGUGGAGAGCCCCAGCGUGCCCCCGCCCCGCAGCAGCAGCAGCCCGCACUCCGGCCCCCCCUCGCCCUGCCCCGCGCCCGCUCCGGCCGCCUCCCAACUCCUCCAGGGCCCGGGCCUGGGCCUGGGCCUCGCCAGCGCCCGCCCGCUCCAGCUCCACCACCACCACCUCCACCACGGGCCCGGCCCCGGCCCGGACGAAAGGGAGGAUGGGGAGCUGGAAGAAGGGGAGCUGGAAGAUGAUGGAGGUGAAGAGCCUCAUGAUGUUUCAGAGCAACGGGAAAGGAAUCGAAAAGAAAAAAAUGAGAAGCAUCACAGUGACUCAGAUGAAGAGAAGACGCACCGGAGGAAGAGGAAGCGGCGGAAAGAGCGAGAGAAGGAGAAGCGAAGGUCGAAAAAGAAAAGGAAAUCCAGGCACAAGCGCCAUGCCUCUUCCAGUGAAGGUUUUUCUGACUACAGCGAGGAUUCAGACUUCAGCCCUAGCGAGAAGGGGCACCGGAAGUACAGGGAUUACAGCCCUCCCUACUCCUCCUCCCACCAGCAGUACUCCUCUUCUCAUAGCGCCCCAAAGAAGGGACAUCCCAAAACGGAAAGCAAGAACUACCCUGUGUACUAUGAGGACUAUGAGAACGAGGGCUAUGGUGGAUAUGAGGGAGAGGAUGAUGAAGACAUGGGGAAAGAAGACUAUGACGACUUUGCCAAGGAACUGAACCAGUACCGGAGAGCCAAGGAAGGAGGGUCACAUCGGGGGCGAGGAGGCCGUGGCCGAGGCCGAGGGUACCGUGGCCGUGGAAGUAGAGGAGGAAUGAGAGGGCGAGGCAUGGGCAGAGGUGGCCGGGGCAGGGGACGAGGAGAUCAUCCGGAGGAGGAGGAAGAAAUGUAUGAGGAGGAAAUGGAGUACUGUGAAGGAGAAGAGCCUGCAGGGGAGGACGAAUAUGAUGACUAUUCCAAAGAGCUGAAUCAGUAUCGGAGGAGCAAGGAAGGGCGGGGGCGAGGAUUAGGUCGUGGCCGAGGUCGUGGCUCCAGAGGGCGAGGCAAGGGGAUGGGCCGGGGGCGAGGGCGUGGCAGAGGAAGCAUGAGCAAAGGAGGGGGGAUAAAUGAAGAGGACGACUACUACGAUGAAGACCUCGGGGACGGAGGAGGCUGCAGUGGAAAUUACAGGCGAGGUGACCAUGAAAAGUCUCACCAGCAAUCUGAUAAGAAAGGAAAAGUCAUCUGCAAAUACUUUGUGGAGGGCAGGUGCACCUGGGGGGAGCACUGCAACUUUAGCCAUGACAUUGAGCUACCAAAGAAGCGGGAGCUGUGCAAGUUUUACAUCACAGGCUACUGUGCCAGAGCAGAAAACUGCCCCUACAUGCAUGGGGACUUCCCUUGCAAGCUCUUCCAUACGACUGGGAACUGCAUCAACGGAGGUGACUGCAUGUUCUCUCACGAGCCGCUCACGGAUGAGACGCGGGAGCUUCUGGAGAAGAUGCUGGCUGAUGAUGCUGAAGCAGGGGCAGAAGACGAGAAGGAAGUGGAAGAGCUCAAGAAGCAGGGCAUCAACCCCUUGCCCAAGCCCCCUCCUGGAGUGGGCCUGCUGCCCACUCCCCCUCGGCCCCCAGGGCCACCAGCACCAACCUCUCCCAACAGCCGGUCCAUGCCUGGAGGCCCGCCUGCUCCUCCACCCCCUCCACCCCCCCUCCCGCCCCCAGGAGCCCUGCAGAUGCCCCCUCCACCCCACGAGCCCCUCUCACCUCAGCAGCUGCAGCAGCAACAGGAGAUGUACAAGAAGAUCCCCUCCCUCUUUGAGAUUGUGGUGAGGCCCACAGGGCAGCUGGCCGAGAAACUGGGUGUCAGGCAUCCUGGUCUGUCGCCACCUCGCUUCCCUGGGCCAGUGCAUCCCGACAUGUGCCCCGAUAUGCCUCCCGACAUGUGCCCGGACAUGUGCCCGGACAUGUGCCCUGACAUACCCAUGGGUCCCGGGAUGAACCCUGGCCCUCCCAUGGGCCCUGGACCCCCAAUGUUGCCUUUUGGUCCAGAAGAGAUUCCGCCUGGUCCACCAACACCAGACUUCUAUGAUGGCUUCUACCCACAGCAAGAAGGUCUGGAGAUGGAUCCCAACAUGAUGGGUGGCCCAGAGAGCUACGGGAACUAUGAGGAAAUGGAUGAGCUGCAUGGAGAGAACAUCUUUCCUGACCCCUCUUUGGAACCUGAGGCCAUGGGCGAGGGAGUCGCCCCGCGGUUGACAGCACCCUGCAGCAGUGUUCCCGACUUCCUGCCGUCCACCCAGAGGGCCCUUUACCUGCGGAUCCAGCACAAGCAGCAGGAGGAGGAGGAGAGGGCUCGCCGUCAGGCAGAGGGCUGCAGGCAGGAGCGGGAGCUGGAGGAAGGUGAUCCUGGCAAUUGGUACUCGAGUGACGAGGACGAGGGCAGCAGCAGCGUCAGUUCCAUACUGAAGACGCUGCGGCAGCAGAGCUCCAGCAGGCCCCAUGAAGACACACCUGGCAGCACCGGCCCUGCCUCGGCCAGGAGCGAUCCUCGUCUCCAGAAGACCCAGCCUCUGGGGGGCAGCCGACCCGCGGACCCCCGCCUCCUGCGAGAUCCCAGGCUUUCUCGAAACAUGGAACCGUCUGCUCCACCUGGCACUGGAGAUCCAGGGCCCAGUGACCCGAGACUGGCACGGCACAUCCCUCCGUCCGCCCCUAAAUCAGAAACCUUGCAUUCCAGCCCCACUAUUAGCCAGAAGGCUGUCACAGUUCCCGAGGAGGAGGAAGGGGAGAGGGUGCUAAGGGAAAAACCGGUCACUAUCCCCCUGGAGACGUCGCCAGGCCACACCCAGAGGGACCCUCGCUGUCAGCUGCAGCAGUUCAGCCAUAUCAAGAAAGACAUUGUCCUGGUCAAGCCCAGUUUUGCCCGUGUGGUCCUUUGGAGUCCUGAGGACCUCAUCCCGUUGCCUGUCCCAAAACAGGAGUUUGUUCCUGUCCCAGCUGCUCUCCAGUCCCUGCCUGCCCUAGAUCCACGCCUGAACCGGCCACAAAACACCAGCCUUUCUGACCCAAGGCAACGGGCUACAGCCCCUGCUGAAUCCUCCGCUGCCUCUGGCUCGGGACUCCCAGACUUUGAGCUGCUCUCCAGGAUAUUAAAGACAGUCAAUGCAGCUGGGGGCCCAGGGCAGAGCGACAAGCCAAGUGACCCCCGGAUGCGGAAAGCCCCCACAGAUCCCAGAUUGCAGAAAGCAUCCGAGUCAGCUGCCCCCGUACCCUCCAAGCCAGCCGAGGCAAACGCCCCAGCAGCUGGCCCCGUGGCCGGCUCUGAGGCAGCCCCUGGCAUAGCUCCCUAUGACCCUCGGCUGCUGACCGCGGGCGGGCUGAGCAGAAGCGGCAGCCAAAGCAGUGUCCUGAGCGGGAUAAGCCUCUACGACCCCAGGGCUCCAGGCUCCUCUGGCUGCAAGACCCCAGCCGAACCCACGGGCGAGGGGAGCCCUGCCACCAGGGUCCUAGAAGGUGGCAAAAGCAGCAGCACCAGAGGCAAGGAGCCCUUGUUUGUGCGUCGGUCAGCUCUGGACCAGCCCGAAGCAGAGAAGCCCGGCACUGAACCUGCCACUGACAGAUACAAUAGCUACAAUCGGCCACGGCCGAAGGUCGCCACAGCUGCGGCCACCACGCCUGCCACCGAGACUGCCCCCCAGCCUGGCAUUCAUAACCUCCCUGUGCCCCCUGUCUACGGCAUGGUGAAGCAAGCCACCAAGUCUGGAGCGGGCAGCCCAUUUGCUGGAAACAGCCCUGCCCAGGAGGGGGACCCGCCGCAGGAUGCUGGCUCUUUAAAAGAUGUUUUUAAGGGUUUUGACCCCACGGCCUCCCCGUUCUGCCAGUAGUAUUGAAAGACUUGCACGUGCAGCCUUGGACCAAGGGACGCAGGCAGUGUUCGUGAGGUUUUUCUGUUGCAUUCAUGCUCCCCUUGACCAAAUCACCUGUAUAGAAGUCCUUCGGUUUUUGCCCAUUGCUGUAGGGUGUCAUCUCCAAGCUGUGUCGUAAGCAAGUAAUCAGAUUACCUUGAGUAGUACUAGGCAGUAUUGUCUGAUGCCCCGAGAGCUCCUUCUCGGACUUGAAAUCAUUCAGUGUCUUCAAAUCUUCUUUGGGAAAUUGGGCCAGACCCCCUUUUGCACAGCAGGAGAUGGCCAAGCCCCGCUGCCCCGCUUCCCUCUUUGUGUAUUGUCUGUGGGAUGGAGGUGAGACUGGGUGAAGGAAACACAGUUCCUGCCUGUUGCUUGGUGGGAUAAAGCCGACAGCCCCGCUGCUCAGUAGAAGAUAUGUAUGUUUGUUUCUCAUCUAUAACAAAGUAUGUGUAUCAUAGCCUUUUUUAAAAAUCUCGUGCAGUGAAGAUUACCAUGGAGAAGUAACCAUGUUGGAUUAUUUUUGUAAUAGUGUUGGAUCUUGUUUUUCUGCCAUUCCCUGGAGGUCCCUGGGCUGUGACCAGAUCCACCUGGGCCUGAACAGGGUGCUAUGUCUUGAUAGGCAGCCUCUUUAUAAAACUGAAGCAUUCUACCAAAAAAGAAUUUGUAGUAUUGACAUUAAAUUAUUGCUAUCCCUCUGGUUUUAUUUGUUACUCUGCGCGCAUCUAAAUACAGCAGGGAGUGUUGGGGCUGUGUGAUGGGCAGUCAGUUCUUGAGCAGAUGGUCUCACAGACCUUUGCCCUAGAUGAGAAGGGACGAGCCAUGCGGCGCCUACGUGGCUGCUUAGCUGUGUGCAAACCAAGUUAAAUUGUUCUCAGGAUUCAUUGCAGUCUGGCAAAGUGAAGUGUUGCAGAAGGCUGCAGUCUUGGGAUAGUGUCAGGAAGGCAGGAGCCUAGCGCUGGUUUUUCAGAAAACAUGAUGUGAGAGUGAAAGGGGAGCUCUGGGCCUGUGUUCCCCUUUACAGUUGUUUAACUGGUCAAUCAGAACCCAUUUCCAGAAGACACCAGACCCUCCGUGAUACACCACCCCUGGCCCGGUGUCAUUCUGGCUGCCCGGCUUUCACCCUUCCCAGGUCCAUCUCUUUUUUCAGAUGACUUCUUUGGCAAAGGACAGCAUCUUACUAACUUUGUGCGGAAAGAUUUUGCUCAGGUUGUACCUGUGUGAGUGCCUGUGUGGGUUGGCCAGCUGUCCCCGGCUGCUGUUCCUCCCUUCCUUGUCUUAGGGGCAGGAUCUUGAGGCAGGAGAAAAAUGCGCACCAGUUUUGGGGGGGGGAAUCUGAAAAAGUAUUUCACAAUAAAGGUGUUAGCUGUUUGAAAAGUGUUUCAGUAGGCAUAAGCUGGAAGCAUCCAGUGAGUCAGGAAUGAGGUUCCUGUGCCCCUUCUGCCUGGGAGGUCUGCUCAAGGGCCAUGGGAAAGGCUUCUGAGCAUUGCGUCUGUCUUAGGAAAGGGUGUUCACAGUGCUUCGACCAAGGCUGCCCUUCUGGCACCACUGCGCUGCUCCUCAGAGAAUGGAUUUCAGUGUCCCAUGUGAUGCUGGUUUUAAAUAUGUUGUUCUCUGCGUGUGUGUGAUAGAUGGAGCUUGUCUGCUGCAGAGGUCUGCCUGGUUGUGAGCAUGUCUCUGGGACAGUCACAGGGGAACUUGUCCAGCAUGCUUCUGCGUGAAUCAACCAGCUCAUCCCCUUGGUAAAAAGUAUCGAAAGUUUGGGAAACAGCCCUGAGGGAGGAGUCCAUACGGGAGACUGGGGAUUGGUGCGAUUCAUCUAGUUAGAGCCCAGACUUGGGGGGGGGCAAGGGCCACAAGGGUUCCUUCUCCCCCCUUCGCUGUGCCUCUGACUGCUCCUCUUUAGAGCACACAGUUUGAAUUGAAAGGCGGGCGUCUUCCUGCAGGGCAGGGCAUCAGAGUUUUGCAUAAGCCCCAGCUUCUUCAGGUGGGAAGAAAGAGUCACAUCCAGUCAGCUUCCCUUGGAAACCUGAAGCAGCUAAACCUGUCACCUGCCGUAAAAACUCUAGACGGAUCUGUGCCGAUGGCCCAGUGCACACUCAGUAAGCCUGUGGCAGUUGUGUGGAUCUGGGGAGAGCAGAGCUCGGAGCAGCCUCCCUGAGCGACAGUCGCCAGGGAAGCUCUGCCUCCGGGACUAGAGUGGCUUGGUUGGCCGAGCCGCCCCUGGCAAGAGAGUUCCUUGGCGGUGAUUCUGCUUGAGAUGACCUGUGGUUUGCCGGGGACACUUGUACAACGCAACUGACCUUUUGUAAACACAACUGGGAAAAGCUCUUCAGUAUAUAGCAAACUACAAAAGUCUACACUGAAGUAAAGCUUUCUCUAAUUGACAGAUUUGACCAUUGGCAGAGCUUUAUAAAAAUGCUAUAAAAUGUAAAUAUUAUUUGAAAUGGAGUUUGUAUAUAUUGUACUGGUAUUUUUACAGUGACAUUUUUGUUGCAUGGCUCUGUUUUCUUUCUUUUUUAUCACACACUUGUCUUCCAGCAAUGUCAUCCAGACGUGAGUCUCCUAUCAGUGUACUGCUGACAUUAAAUGAUGCAGUGAUUUUAA